UUUAGAGAGAGACAACCAGAAAGCUUUGAAUUUAUUUAGUCAGAGAAAAGGUGUUGGGGUCCCACACUCAAAAAAAAAAACAAAAACAAAUGGGAGUACUCAAUACGUUUCGUAGAUUCCCCUAAUAAUUCCUUCAAUCAUUUCUCCCCCUAUAAAUUCACCUCCAUUUUCUCCAAUCCCCAGAGCUCCCAAAAUUCCCCCAAUUUCAUCUCUCUUUCUUCCUCCAUUCAUAAUCCCAUACUAAUUUAUUUAGGAGUACUAAUUUGAAAAGCAGAAUUCAAUGGCGGAAGAAUUCCAGGAGUCGGAAGUAAUUUUCCAGGAUUACGGUAUUGUUGAUGAAGAAAUGAAAUCACUGGAAUUGAGGAAAAACCUGCAGAUGAAGCCGAAGAGGAAGAAGUUGAGGACUAAACAGAGAGCUCUUAAUUCUACUUCAACUAAUAAUUCGUCGUCGGUUCCGGUGAAUAUCCCGGAGAAAAUCUCGUGGUUCCAGCGGGUGGAUCCGAAUCGUGCUCUGUUCGACGACGAUGCCGACGGUGAGAUGGAGCCGCCGCACGUGAUCAUCGGACGGCGGAUUGCCGGGAAAAUAAUGGCAUUUUCGGUGUGCACCGGCAACGGGAGAACUCUGAAAGGAAGGGAUUUGAGUGAAGUAAGGAAUUCCAUUCUACGGAUGACCGGAUUUCUGGAGACGUGACGGACGGAAACAGCAUUAUUAUUAUUUCCAAAUUCCAAGUUUAUUAAUUAAUUUAUUCCCCAGCUGGGGAACUCAAAAACUAGAUAGCAAGUUAAAGCAAACCCAAAAAAAUAUUUAAUUUCCAUUUUGAUUUCUUUUCUACUAUUUCCUGUUUCUUUUUAAAUAGUAGUAAUUGUUAGUACUACUAGUACUCCUUAUUAAUUAACCUCUUAUCAUUGUUAAUAAUCAACUCAUUGUAAGGGAUAUUUCCCAAAAAGAAAAAUGCAAUUCUUGAAUGUAAGUAAUAGUAUUUCUUUAGAAAAUCAUUUUAUUAGUAUAUUUUGGGACAUGCAUUGGCAGAAAAUUUGCUGUGAGUGAAGCUUUGUCGUGGGUUAUUGUGACAAACCAAUUAUGAAUAAGCUGUUUCUGAUGGGAUCAUUGCCAAACUGCCUUUCUGGGAUGAUGAUUAAAGGGAGGGCCACUUAAUCACUGUAAUAUAGUAGUAUAUUCCUGUACGACUUUAAUCCCCCCAGUCAUACUCAUAAUUUUUCCCUUUGAAAACAUUAUUAUUAUUUAUUCACCAAUGAGAUGCGGCAACUUGGCUCAUUAGUAUAUC